CGUCAAGGUAGGAGAAGCGACUGGGCGGGUUUUUUUUUUCCGCUUUCCCCGGGCCAGAGCUGAUCCAUUUGAAGAUCUACUGAGCGUGAGGAAGUGACUAGAGGAGGGAGUUAAAAAAAGGGGGAAGAAUAAAGUGAACGAAAUCCUUGCCCUCCCCUGUGAAAAACACACGAGAGAGAGAGAGCAAACACCCUCUUCCUUCCCCCCCCCCCUCCCCAACACAACAACCCCCCACCCACUCACUCACUCACUCACUCACCCCACUUUCCCAGCUCACCUCGCCCUCAGCCUGGAGUUUGACCAGCCGGAGGGAGAACCAUGGAGAACGCCGAGCAGGUCAAGCAGGCCGAACAGGUCAACAGCAACCCGGAGAACGAGGAGCAGGUCCAGAGGGCCAAGCUGGCCGAGCAGGCCGAGAGGUACGAGGACAUGGCGGCUGCGAUGAAAGCGGUGACCGAGCACGGCUCCGAGCUGACGACCGAGGAGAGGAAUCUGCUCUCGGUCGCCUACAAGAACGUGGUGGGGGCCCGCAGGUCGGCCUGGAGGGUCAUCUCCAGCGUGGAGCAGAAGAGCGACACCGACGAAAAGCAACUGCAACACACCCGAAGUUACCGGGAAAAAGUGGAGUCGGAGCUGGUUGAAAUCUGCAGCGACGUCCUGGGAUUGUUGGAUAAUUACUUGAUUCCCAAAGCUGGUAAUUCUGAAAGCAAGGUCUUCUACCUGAAAAUGAAAGGAGAUUACUACCGGUACCUUGCUGAAGUUGCUUCUGGAGAGGACCGAAAAAAAACGAUAGGAAACUCUCAAACCGCCUACCAGACAGCCUUUGAAAUCAGUAAGGAACAUCUGCCUUCAACGCAUCCGAUCCGUUUGGGUCUUGCUCUUAAUUUCUCUGUAUUCUACUAUGAGAUUCUCAACUCUCCAACUGAAGCCUGUGAUCUAGCAAAAAAAGCAUUUGAUCAGGCUAUUCGAGAUCUGGAUAUUCUCCAGGAUGAUAGCUAUAAAGACAGCACCCUCAUUAUGCAGUUGCUUAGAGACAACCUUACAUUAUGGUCAAGUGAGAGUCCAGCACCAGCUGAUAAUGAAACCUGUGCAGCCGAGCCUGGAGAUAACAACUAAAUACGCAUAGGGUCCAAUUCCCAAAAUCUUCUUACACUUCUCCAUUCCUUACUGCUCCACUCAAUACCUAUAACAAUGAAAACUCAUCAGUACUGUAUGGAAAUAGCUAUGUAUGGAAAAUCUCCAAUUAGUCUUUAUAUACACACUGCUUUAAAAGAAGUUUAUUCCUUGGUUUGUGUUGGUGGUCUGCCUUCCUGGUGUGCAGCUAAUGCUGUAGAAGCAUAUAUAGUUAACUUUAUAACAUGAAUAACCUCAAUGUAGAGGUCAAUGUUAAAUAUUAUAAAGAAUUACUUGCAGUGUUUGUAUUGUGAACAUAAUUGGUAGAAAUUUGCUGCACUAGACAGUGAUUCGGUUAUGCUGCCUUUUUUUGCUUGCACCCACACUUAACCUUCUGAUGUUCUAUUCAAAUUAUCCUACUGGUAUUGGCUUGUGUUUUGCAUUGUCAACUCUUUUUUCCCCUGCACCCCCAUUCCCUUGGUGACAUGCAUUUACAAUUUACAGCAACUUGGCAUAAUAAAGCAAAGUAGCUGUUGCACACACGCCUGUAUUCUGCAGGAGGACUGUCCUUAUGUUCUGCAAUAAAAUGAUGAGUUAUUUUGUAAAGUUGAGGCUGAAGGCAUUCAAAUGUACAAUCAAGUUGAAGAUAAAGUACCUUGAUUUUGGAAUUCUAUGAAUCUUCACUUUUUUUAAAAAAAACUACAAAUACACACCUGUCCAUGUCAUUAUGGUAUUCACUUGUGUACUGUUACAGCAUGUGUUCUGCUAAAGUUUGAGGUUGUGCUUGUGAACAGUCACAAGCCUGACUUUUUGAUACACUGGAAUGGGAAAUACAACUUCCUAAUUUGUGCCCAAUAUAUCUUUUUAAAAAGCAUAGUAUUUCUUUGCAGGCUUGUACACAUGUAAGGGGGUCUUCAGUGAGAUUUGGACCACUAUAAUUACUUACCAUUUAUCAUAAUCCCCAAGCCUUGUGGAAAUGUUAAUGCCCUAUGUAACAUGAAAUAAAUGAUGUUUUGUAAACCCUA